ACUCUCUCUCUCUCUCUCUCUCGCUCGCUCUCGCAUAUAUGCAAAAAAAAUACAGGGUGUUUGAGAAAUUGAAAUUUACGAAGGCAAAUUAAGAAGAUGGGUAUGGUUAUUGUUAUAUCUUUGCCAUUGAUUCUCUUUUCAAUAUGUCUAGGUUUUGGGUGUUAUUUUCUUGGUAGAGCCAAAGGUAGACAAGAAGUCUACACCAAUGCCCAAGUUUUUGGUGCGCCAGUACCACCGCCGGGCAGCUUUUCUGGUGCAGAUUCUCAUACUUCUCGGCCACCCCAGUUCAAGAAAGACAAUUCCGACAACGUUUAAGGCUGUUCGAACACUUCUGGAAGGAUAAGCCCAUUUUUGCGUUUGAAUUAUGUGGAGAAUUAGAGGGUUUUGAGUGAUUUGUUUUGUGUAUGAUUUUUUUAUCCUAUUUGUGUUUCAAUCGAGGAUAUAUAGAGUGGUGGUUGUAUGUAUAUUGUGUGUACAACUUGUAUGUUUAGUUUAAUUCGUUUACUGAAAUAAAAUUUUACUACCUUUUUA